AUGAGUAGUGCGUCGACUAUUAGUUCGAUUUGCUUCGAACAAGGAUGCUGGUUCAAGCGUGAAAGGAUGAUUCGUGUAUCGGAUAAACGUGUCAAGAGGCUUGCUUCUCCAUCUUCAUUGAGCUUUAGAGUUUCAGCCAAUAGCUCUGUCAAAUCUGAAAAGGAUAUUCGGAUUGGUCUUCUUGGUGCAAGUGGCUACACUGGUGCUGAGAUCGUUAGGCUUCUUGCGAAUCAUCCGCAUUUCGGUGUCACACUGAUGACUGCUGAUAGAAAAGCUGGGCAGUCAAUGGAAAGCGUUUUCCCGCACCUCAGAGCUCAAAAACUACCUAGAUUGAUCUCGGUAAAGGAUGCAGAUUUUUCUACUGUGGAUGCUGUAUUCUGCUGUUUGCCUCACGGAACAACCCAGGAAAUCAUCAAGGGACUGCCCACCGCAUUAAAAAUCGUUGAUCUUUCAGCGGACUUCCGGUUGCGUGAUAUCUCAGAAUAUGAAGAAUGGUAUGGUCAGCCACACCAGGCAGUAGAGUUACAGAAAGAAGUUGUGUAUGGUCUGACAGAGUUAUCAAGGGAGGACAUAAAAAAGGCGCGACUUGUGGCUAAUCCAGGCUGUUACCCGACUUCGAUUCAACUUCCUCUUGUUCCUCUAUUAAAGGCAAAUCUCAUCAAACAUGAAAACAUUAUUAUCGACGCAAAGUCUGGUGUUAGUGGAGCAGGACGUGGUGCUAAGGAGGCAAAUCUUUACUCUGAGAUAGCUGAAGGAAUUUCUUCUUAUGGUGUCACACGGCAUCGCCAUGUUCCUGAAAUUGAACAAGGAUUGUCUGAUGUUGCACAAUCAAAAGUGACAGUCAGUUUUACACCGCAUCUCAUGCCAAUGAUUCGCGGAAUGCAAUCGACUAUAUAUGUGGAAAUGGCUUCCGGAAUUACAACCAAAAACUUAUACCAGCAAUUAAGAACGUCUUAUGAGGAUGAAGAAUUUGUCAAAGUGUUGGAUGAAGGAGCUGUUCCUCGGACACACAACGUUAGAGGAUCCAACUAUUGUUUUAUGAAUGUAUUUCCUGAUCGAAUCCCUGGAAGAGCUAUCAUAAUCUCAGUGAUUGAUAAUCUUGUGAAAGGAGCUUCAGGACAAGCGUUGCAGAAUCUUAACAUAAUGUUGGGAUUUCCCGAAACAACGGGACUUCUUCACCAGCCAGUUUUCCCUUAA